AUGCAAUCUAUUGAACAACACUACUACCGUGAGACUGAAGAACAUAACUAUAAUGGAUGCAAACUGCUUGUGAAGAAAGACGACAUGUUGGAUUCACUUGAUGGCAAGGUACGUAGCUACGAUAACAGUACGAAUGGUAUUAAUUUCACGAUCAGAAAGGUGAAUCUUAUGUUUGUUUUCAUUGUUGUUGUAUGGAUAUUCUUUUUUAAUAAAUACAUGAUCCAAAACCCUGUGUUUUUUGUGUAUAAUGUUAUUAUGUUAAAUAUUGUUUACGCAAUUAUCUCGUCACAGGCGGCCCAAGCUCACGUCUCGAGAAAAAGCCAACGAUUAAUACGCGUCACGCGUUGUGUGACUCGGUGUUAAGCUAA